AUUGACGAUUGGAAAUCCAACAUUUGGUCUUGGAUGAAUGGAGAAGGUCAUAUUCCCUACCAUCUUCCGGAAGGAGGAAAAGGUGAUGGAUUGUCACUUUGGUCGUUACGGACCGCCGUACGGUACUGUGAGCACCAUAACAUUCACCACCACUCACUUUAUGAUUCCACUCCGCCAGCUUACAGAUACUUGAGUGGCGUAUGCUUCGGAAAGUAUGCUCCGACAAGUAUGCCCGAAAAAUCAUGAAGUGGCUUGAAACGUAGGAUGAAACAUAUUCCUGUAUAGCCAUGAGCACAGAAUCGAACUGGAAGCCUUCGCUCGGCUUCGCCGAGAGAUUGAGUACGGUGAUCAAAAUGUAACGUACUUGGAGUUCAGCGAGUUAAUUAGUCUCGUUUGCCUCGGGUUGGAAAGGUUGUCUUAAGUCGAUGCUUAUACGUCAUUUAGACAGUCUUCAUAUCAAAAGUCUGAUCCAAGGGUGGAGAAACCGAACAUCGCCAAGUUCGCAAAGGAAGAGGAACAGGAGAUUUACGAUUCUGCGUUGACAUUGGUAUCUAUUGCUUGCUACCUAGCUGGACGCCACUAAGGAUUCCCACAGGUAGACUAUCGGC